GCAGCAUGUCCAGCAGAUGGAAGAAAUUUUUGAGAGGCUGGCGAUGGCUGGUCAAGAACUGGACGAGGACCUGUGCGUGGCAAUGAUCCUGCGGAGUCUGCCAAGCUCGUUUAACACCCUGACGACGGCUUUGGAGGCGAGGUCCGACGAGGAAUUGACUCUGGAGCUGGUCAAGAUGAAACUGGUGGACGAGGUGGCCAAAAGUGGAACUCGCGGAGCCGGCGAAUCUGUCCUCAAGGUUGACCACCAGAAGCGCAAGAAGGUGUUAAUCUGCUACUUCUGCAAGAAGCCGGGCCACAAGGAGAAGUUUUGUCGAGCGAAAAACGGUGAGUCGAGUCAGUUGGAGGCCGAGCCGGACCUGCCCCAAGCGAAGACGGCUCACGAGGACGCCAAGGAGAAUUUUUCGUUCUUGACGCUGGAUCAGAAAAGCGGCCGUGACGUGUGGAUUAUCGACUCGGGAGCUACGUCCCACAUGUGCUUCAAUCCAGAUUGUUUCGUGUCAAUGGAUCGGAGCGUGAAGCAGGACGUUUACCUUGCGGACGGCAAGAAGACGAUCUCGGAGGGUGUUGGCUCAUGUAAGUUGAUCUGGGAGUCUCCGGAGGGCAAACGAAACGACGUUGUCCUGUCCGAUGUGAUGUACGUGCCCAAGUUUGAGACCAGCAUCAUCUCUGUGAAGAAGCUGACUGCCUGCGGGGCCAAGGUCGAUUUCGAUGCGAGCGGAUGCCGGAUUCUCAAGAACAACAAGGUGAUUGGAUCCGCGGCGAUGGCCGGCGGGCUCUACCAGAUGCGGCCGGUUCGUGAAGCGCUGUGGCGGAAUGGAGUCUCGGAGCGCAAGAGUCGCUCGGCUCGUUCCAUCGAUCCGGAGACGCACGAGUGGACCAUCAGCCGACAUUGUCAUUUUAUGACACAUCAGGAGGUUCGGGAAACCGAACCUUCGCAGGGAAGUAUCGUUCUUUAUCCAUUUUCUGAAGUCUUCCCGAAAGAAUGUGUGGCUGAUGACGUGCCCGUUGUUCUAGUGCCCGAUGACGAACACGAUGGGGGUGAGGAUCCUGCCGGAGCGGUCAACGAUGGCGAGGAGAAUUCUGAUGACCCGAUCGAGGCAGACUCCAGCGAUUUCGAGGUGGAGGUUUCCGGCGACGGAUGGAAUGAUACGGACGACGUUGAUGACGCGUUGUCGCCCGAAGACGUCGAGAUCCGGACUGCAGGCAGACAGGAGGAGUUGCAAGAUGGGCGGAGUGUUUGUCGUACAACUCAAGGUGUCCGGCGAUGUCGGGACCUGGUUGACCCUAUCCAGGAGCAAUGGGAGCCCAGUACGUUAGCUGAUGUGAUGGAGUGCUCGGAUCGCGAGAAGUGGUUGCGUGCUUUUAAGGAGGAGAUCCAGUUCCUUCACGAGAACUCGGUCAGAUUUGAGACCGGCGCGAUGCUACCGGGCGAUGUCUACUUUCUUGAGAAAAGCUGUUACGGGCUGGAGCAGGCGGGACGCGUCUGGAACCAGCAGAUUUCUGUCGUGCUGCGAAACUUGGAGUACCAGCCGUCAGAAGCGGACCCCUGUUUGUUCGUGAGGAAGAAAGCCGACAAUAGAUCGUUCGAUGGUUCGCAGAACGGACGGUUCUGGCUGGACCAAAACGCGUACAUCCGUUGCCCGAAACGCCAGCAAAAGGAGGAGGAAUCGCUGCCCCGGAAGGACGACUACCAGAGUCUCGUUAGUGCUUUGCUGUACGUUGCGGUUAACAUCGCGAACAGUGCGUCCACUCUGGGACGCAAGGGAAGCAACCUGAUUGAGACGGGCAAGACCGAAACUGAGCGGACGCUGCGGUAUCCGAAUGCUACGAAAGAAUUGGAGCUCGGAGGACCAGGACGACGAUCAUCAGGACCAAGCCGAAUACGUGGCGCCUUCGGAGGCCUGCCAGAAGUUGCUGUAGCGGAUGAAGCUAAUGUCGAACGUGGGAGACGGCCGGAGCUGAUUGGCACUGCUGUUGAAGAGCUAGCUUGUGAAGGUGUUAAAGGAGUUGCAGAGUUCCAAACCAACGCAGCUUGAGGAGGAGUGUUGGAGUACAGCAAGCCUUGAGUUUGGAAACGAUCAUAGUUAACCUAAUUUGUAAACCUAGUUGAAUAAACCAUUCUGUACUUUAACUUCUUAGAAA